CCUCCCCAUACAGGCACUUAACACUAUGACAGUCCCAGUCUAUGUUUGGAAAGUUAAAAUCCCCUACAGUUAGAACCCUAUUUUUCUUCCAGAAAUCUGAGUUCUUCUUACAUAUUUGCUUCUCAAUUUGCCGCUGAACUCUUAGGGGGCCUCUAAUACAAUUCCAACGAGGUGAUCACCCCCUUUCUUAGUGUUUUAAGUUCCACCUAUAUAGCUGCAUUGGAUGAUCUCCCAGGAAUAUCCUUCCUAAAUACAGCCGUAAUGAUCUCCCUAACCAAAAAUACCAUUUCCCUCUCUGUUGCCUUCCUUUCUUUCCUUCGGAUAGCAUUUUUAUCCCGGAACAUUAAGUUGCCAGUCCUGUCCAUCCCUGAAGCACAUUUUUGUCACAGCUAUGAGACCCAGUUCCAUGCUCCCAACCACAUUCAUCUGCCUUACCUAUCAGGCCUCUGGCAUUGAAGUAAAUGCAGUUUAACUUCUCAGUCUUAUCUUGUUCCCUGCCAAGCCCUUGUCUGCCUUGACUAUUAGACUUGCUCCUUCUGUCUACUGUACCAGCCUCAGCCUUUUCUUGCUAUCGCUUUGGUUCCCCAACAUCCCUUUCCUUACUAGUUUGAAGCGUCCUGAGUAGUACGAGCAAAUUUUAAGGAUAUUGAUUCCCUUCAAACUCAUCCAUCUUUGACAUGUAAUCUGUAUCUCUGAAGAAAUCCCAAUGGUUCAAAAAUGUGAAUCUUUGCCACCUCCAACACUCUAUCCUGAUGUGGUUACGUCCUGGUGAGGACUGUCAUGGUGAAGUAAACCUCGAAUUAUUAAUUAGGAGUAGGGGUUUGCCCUUUAAGCUCUAGAAUCUGCUCCAGCGUUUAUAGAAACAUCAGAAGUAGUAAAAAGAGUGGGUCUUUUGGUUCUUUGAUCCUGCUAUGCUAUUCAUUUUGGUCUUGGCUGACUAUCCAAUUUAAUAGCCUUUUUCUAUCUUUCCCCAUAUCCUUUUCUCUCUUUCGCUCCAACUGCGAUAUCCAAUGUCUUCUGAAAAUGACAUAAUGUUUUGACUUCAACUCCCUUCUGUGACCACAAGUUCCACAGGCUCAGCAUUCUUUGGGUGAAUAGGUUUCUCCUCAUCUCAAUCCUGAAUGGCUUACCCCAUAAUUCUAAAAUAUGACCCCUUGCUCUGGACUCUCCAGUCACUGGGUACAUCUUUCCUGCAUCCAACCUGUCUAGUGCUGUUAGAAUAUUAUAGAUUUCUUUGAGAUUCCUCCUCAUGCAUCUGAAUUCCAGCAAAUAUGAUCCUAACCAAUUCAACCUCUGUUAAUAAGCCUGCCCUGCCACUUCAGGAAUCAUUCUGGUAAACAUCCCCUGCACUUCCUCCACAGCAAGAACAUCCUGCCUCAGAUAAGGAGACCAAAUUGCAUACAUGACUCCAAAUGGGGUCAGACCAAAGUCCUGUACAGUUGCAUUCAGACAUCCUUUUACUUGAAUCCUCUUGCUAUGAAGAGCAACAUACUAUUUGCCUUCUUGACUGCUCGCUACACCUACAUGCUUAUUUUUCAUCAAAUGGUGCACGAGGACACCCAGAUCUUGUUGCACCUCUCCUCUCCCAUUCAGAUUAUAAUCUGCUUUCCUGCUUUUGCAACUAAAGUGUAUGACUUCAUAUUUAUCCACAUUAUACUUCAUCUGCAGCUUCAUCAAGUGCCCACUCACUCAACUUGUCCAAAUCACACUGAAGUUUCCCUGCAUCUUCUUCACACUUCAUUUCCCCACCUGUCUUUGUGCCAUCUGCAAAUUUGGAGUUAUUAUAUUUAGUUCCCUCGUCCAAGUUAUUAACGUAUAUAGUUAAUAGCUGGGGUCCUAGCUUUGAUCUUUCUCAUACCACACUAAUCACUGCCUGCCAUUUACUUAUUCGUCCUCUUUGUUUAGUGAUGGCUCACUAGUUUUCUAGCCAUCUCAAAACACUACACCCAAUCUAAUGUGGUUUAAUCUUGUAUGCUAAUUUCUUACGUAGAAAACGUUAAAAAACCUCUUUGUCAAAACCUCCUAGAAGUCCAAAUAAAUCACAUCCACUUGCUCCCCCCAUCAAUCUUAUGAGUCACUCCUUGAAGAAUUUCAUUUGAUGUGUCAAGCAUGAUUUCCCUUCUGUAAAUCUGUGCUGACUGUCUGAUGCUGCCACUGUUUUCCAAUAAGAUGAUGGCUGAUUUGUGUACACUGCAAGCCCACCUACACCAGAUAACCUUGCUUUUAAGAAUCUAUCUAGCUCUGCCUUAAAAAUAUUCAAGGGCAUCAAUCACCAUUAGCAGACGAGAGUUCCAAAGACACUGUUCCACGUGUUUUCUCACAUAUUUAAAAUAGUGUCCUCCGGUUCUAGAUUCUCAGAUGAGAGAAAACAUUCUCUACACAUCCAUCCUGCCAAAAGUCAUCAGUAUGCUUCAAUCAAAUCACCAUUCCUUCUAAACUCUCAAGGUUACAAGCCUGUCAGAAAGUCUGUCCAUUCCAAGUAUUAGUCUGAAGGAUUGCACCGUACUGCAGCGCGCAAUACAGAGAGGAUAGAGUCCACAGAUAGAUCUGACCAUCACCCAAAGAACAGUUGUACAACUGUGAGAAGGCAUCUAGUCCCUUCACAGCAUUACUUAACACAGAGAAGGUUGGCUUUGAAACCAUCAUCUGGAAAUUGAUUGGAUCAGGAGGGCUUUGGCACAUCAUGAGUCACUGACUCACUGCUACAGGUGUGAGGCUGUUCAAGUCAAAGGUCUGUGAGAAGGGCUUCUGAGGUCUCCGUACAGACAAGGUACAUUUGCUGUAAAACUGUUAACGCAAGGGCUGUUACAUGAAAGAGAAACCAUUCAAGUGUGUGGUGUGCAACCGAGCUUUUGCAAGGUCAUUGACACUCACAAAUCACCAACGUAUUCACACUGGGGAGAAACCUUUCAAAUGUGAGGUGUGUAACAAAAGCUUCACACAGUUAUCGGGCCUGCUGAAUCACCAGCCCAUUCACAGAGGGGAGAAACCAUUCAGAUGUGAGGUUUGUGAGAAAUCCUUUUCUCAGUCAUCCAGCCUCCUCGUGCACCAACGCAUUCACACCGGAGAAAAGCCAUUCAGAUGUGAGGUGUGUGAUAAAGCAUUCUCGACAUUAGGGGAACUUCGUAAACACCAACGCAUUCACACAGGGGAAAGACCAUUCACGUGUGAGGUGUGUGACAAAUCAUUUUCACAGUCAGAGAAUCUCCACACACACCGACGCAUUCACACAGGGGAGAGACCAUUUAGAUGCAAGGUGUGUGACAAAUCAUUCUUAAGGACAGAGAAUCUUCGUAAUCAUCAACGCAUUCACACAGGGGAGAAACCAUUCAUGUGCGAAGUAUGUAACCAGAGCUUUACACAGUUAUCGGGUCUGGUGCAUCAUCGGCCUAGUCACACGGGCAAAAAAUCAUUCACAUGUGAUGUGUGUGACAAAUCAUUCUCGCAGUCAUCAACUCUCCGUGAACACCAACGUAUUCACACUGGGGAGAAACCAUUCAGCUGUAUGGUGUGUCACAAAUCAUUUUCACGGUCGGGGAAUCUCCGUACACAUCAACGUAUUCACACAGGGGAAAAACCAUUUAAGUGUGAGGUGUGUGACAAAUCCUUCACUCAGUCAUCAAUUCUCCUUGUUCACCGACGUGUUCACACAGGGGAGAAACCAUUCAUGUGCGAGAUGUGCGACAAAUCAUUCUCCAGGUCAUGGAGCCUUCUCCUCCACCAGAAAGUCCACACUGGGGAGUAAACAUUUAAGUGUGAUGUUUAUAAUGAAGGUUUUGCAAUGUUUCUGACCACCUGGAAAAACCGAAUUCGCGUCGCGCUGAAGCUCAUCAGGUGCAAUGUUUGUGGGGAGGUUUUUCCACAGUCAAAUUAUGCUCUGAUCCAUCAAUGCACUGACACAGCGGAGGAAGCCUAGCAAUAUCAGAUCUGUAAUAAAUCCUUCACACAGUUGUUGGACUUCCUGGAACAUCAUUGUGGGUGGCACAGUGGUUAGCACUGCUGCCUCACAGCGCCUGAGACCCAGGUUCAAUUCCC